AUGUCCAACUUCCCCGACGAAAAGAAGUACCCAGCGGAGCUGGAUGUCCAAGUCAAGCCGGUAUCAGACCACGACCAAGAGAAUGAAAAUAAGGAUGCUGUCUUUGGCGCGAUUACGGAAGAUGGACCAAACUAUCGCAAUGUAGGGUGGAUUGGCACCACUGUCUUGCUCCUAAAAGCGCAGCUGGGACUGGGAGUGCUUAGUAUACCCUCAGUGCUGUCGACUCUGGGGUUAAUACCCGGUGUAAUCUCCAUUCUUGCGAUCAGCGCUUUCACCACAUGGUCAGAUUAUGUUAUCGGCACCUUCAAGCUUCGUCACAGAGAAAUCUACAAUCUGGCCGACGUGUUCAACCUCUGGUUUGGUCCUACGGGACGAGCUAUCGUUGGCGUGAUCUACUGCGUUUACAUGAUAUUCUGCGCAGGUUCUGGAAUGCUCUCGCUGUCCAUUGCGUUGAACGCCAUCUCCGUGCAUGGAGCAUGCACUGCGAUCUUUGUCGUUGUCGCGGCUGUCGCAGUGUGUUUCAUCUCCAGCAUCCAGACCCUCGGCAAGAUUCAAUUACUAGGCUACAUUGGCGUUGCUAGCAUCGUGGUUGCUCUGCUCACCUUGACGGUCGCUGUUGGCGUCCAAGAGCGUCCUUCUGCUGCCCCUCAGACCGGCCCCUGGGACAAGAAAUUCGUCCUCUUUGGCGACCCCACCUUUGCCGAAGCAUCCAGCUCACUGGCCGCCCUCGUAUUUGCAUUCUGUGGCACCCCCGGGUUCUUUGGCAUCAUCUCCGAGAUGAGAGACCCCCGCCUGUAUACUCGCGCGGUCUGCAUCUGCCAGUCUUUCCUGACCGCCAUGUAUAUUACGGUGGGCGUGGUCGUGUACUACUUCUGCGGCCAGUACGUCGCAUCACCGGCCCUGGGCAGCGCGGGCCCACUGCUGAAGAAGAUAUGCUAUGGGAUCGCCAUUCCCGCCCUGGCCGUCAGUUCGCUCAUCGUCACCCAUCUUCCCGCAAAGUUCCUUUUUGUGACCUUCAUGCGUGACUCGCCGCAUCUUAACAAGAACACUCCCAAACACUGGAUUGUUUGGCUUGGGUGCGUCAUUGGUUGCACCCUCAUCUCCUACGUUAUCGCCAGUGCCAUUCCCGUAUUUGGUGGUCUUAUCAGCCUCAUUGGCGCACUGUUCGGCACGUUCAUGUCCAUGCAACCCUACGUGGCUGACCUGUUUCGGGCUUUCAUGUGGUUCUACGACAACUGGCACCUGAGGAAGAAUGCCACGCUGCAAUGGCGUGCCCUCGCUGCUUGGAAUGUACUCCUCGUCGUCGCUGGCACAUUCCUCAUGGUUUGCGGCACCUAUGGGUCCAUCAUGGACAUUAUCACCUCGUACAAGGCCUCAGGAGGCUCCGCUGCGUGGUCGUGUGCCGACAACUCCAACUCUGUGUAA